GCACACAACAAAAGGAUGUCUGAAUCAUUGGCCGCAUUUCGCUCCCACAGGAGCAACGAUCUCAAGCAGCUAGCCGAAGAACAUCUACAACAUGAGGCAGUCUUAACCCAACAAGAUCGUGACUUGCUGAAGAGCGCAGGCGGCAAGGUUUCUACACACGCGGGUAUCGCCUCCCUUGCUGGACUCGGCCUCGGUGUCUACUUUGCCUUCCGACUUCGCGCAAUGCGUCUCGCAUACUUCAACGCCUUCAGGGCAAUGGAGAAGCCCGUGGAAGUUCGAUUUGCAGAUGGCCGUACAGGUCCUUCUCGAUGGGGCGAUGCCGCAACUUACUUCCUCUUCUCCGUUAGUGGUCUCUUCUUGGGUGGUGAGAUCGGUCUUUUGACAGGAACUGCAUCUGCAUCGCGGACUAUCACGAAGGAUCCUGAAGCAAAGGCCAGAAUCGAAAAGGCUUUUAAGAACUACAGGAUAGACGUGUUGAAGCGCGAGAUUGACCAGCUUCAAGGAAAGAGCAAGUUUGAGGAGUUCUUCAGCGGCUAAUUUUGUGGGUUUGUUACGAACAUGAAUAAUUGUGGAUUCUGGAGGC